AUAGUAUGUGUGAUGUCAACUUGUCCAGCAAUCUCAGGUUGUCGUCCCAAAACUAUAUCUCUUAUUGGGUUGUUCACACAGGAAGAUUUUCUUCACCACUUAAAAUUCAACUUGAAGCUGUAACUGGUUAGAAUGACUUCCAUCGUGCUUCCUCAGGGGUUUGGCAUGGUCGGCCUAGCAGUCUUAUCCACAACAUGGGUACUUACAUGGCAAACCACCCUAGUGAACAAAUAUCGUAAACGAUCAGGAAUCGAGUAUCCUCAAUUAUAUGCAGAGAGGGCGCAAGUAGAGGCAUCACAAGAUGCGCUUUUGUUUAAUUGCAUGCAACGCGCUCAUGCCAACACACUCGAAGUCAUUCCAAUCAUAGCCAUCACGACCUUGGUGGCUGGAGUGAAGCAUCCUUACUUAGCUGCCACUGGAUGUGGUCUGUGGGUUUUAUCUCGCAUUCCCUAUACCUUAGGAUAUACCACAGGUGAUCCUAUCAAGCGUACCCGUCGCGGUGGUAUCGUAGGGCCAGUAAUGAUGGGGUGUCUUCUCGUCGGGUCUGCAUAUACUGCACUCGAUCUCGUCGGAUUCAGUGUAUGAGAAUAGGAAUAGCCGUACAAUUCGAACCAGUGGCAUCAUUUUGAUGAGGAUAUUUGUGCUGGAAAGAAUAUCAUUGAUAAAAAUUGUCUUUAAAUGUCACUUAGAGAUAGUUUAUAGGGUGGUCACACAAAAUGUAUAAGGUCUCGUCGUUGUGCUGCAUUCAUGACAUCUCGUUUAUAACAA